UCGUCCUCUUUGCGAGCGCAUCGAUAGUACCAAACCAAUAGAAAUAUUCGUUUGGCUGUUCCUCCUCUCCCUCUCUCACGUCGGCCACCUUGAUUCUCUUGUCCUAAAGCUAAACCCUUUUCGUAAGUUCUGAAGUGGGUUUCAGCGAUUUGUUAUAGAUCUGAUGGAUUCAGAUCAAGGAAAGCUUUUCGUUGGCGGAAUCUCGUGGGAGACAGACGAAGACAAGCUAAGAGAGCAUUUCAGCAGCUACGGAGAUGUUUCUCAGGCUAUUGUCAUGAGAGACAAGCUCACUGGCCGUCCUAGGGGUUUUGGUUUCGUCAUCUUCUCCGAUCCUUCUCUUCUCGAUAGGGUUCUUCAAGACAAACAUCACAUUGAUUCCAGAGAGGUUGAUGUGAAGAGAGCAAUGUCAAGAGAGGAGCAGCAAGUCUCUGGAAGAAGUGGGAGCUUCAAUGCAACUAGAGGCUCUGGAGGAGAUGCUUACAACAAAACCAAGAAGAUCUUUGUCGGAGGCUUGCCGCCUACUUUGACAGACGAAGAGUUUCGCCUCUACUUUGAACAGUACGGCCCUGUGGCUGAUGUUGUGAUCAUGCACGACCAGACUACUAGCCGUCCUCGCGGGUUUGGAUUUGUCUCCUUCGACUCUGAAGAUGCUGUUGACCGUGUGCUUCAGAAGAACUUCCAUGAUUUGAACGGUAAGCAAGUUGAAGUGAAGCGUGCUCUUCCUAAAGAUGCUAAUCCGGGUGGUGCUGGACGAGCCAUGGGUGGUGGCGGUGGUGGUGGUUACCAGGGUUUUGGUGGCAGUGAAGGCGGUUUUGACGGACGUAUGGAUUUUAAUAGGUAUAUGCAGCCUCAGAAUGUAGGAAAUGGUUUACCGUCUUAUGGUGGUUCUUCAGGUUAUGCUGCUGGUGGUGGGUAUGGAAAUGGUAGUAACGGUGCUGGAUUUGGUGGAUACGGAGGUUAUGGGGCAGGUGCUGGAGCUGCAUAUGGAGCAACGGGGAUGCCAGGUGGUGGUUAUGGAAGUAGUGUUGCUCCGAGAAACGCAUGGGACACUCCAUCAGCUCCUAGUGGUUAUGGGAACCCCGGAGGGUAUGGGAAUGGUGCUGCUCAGAGUGGAUAUGGAGCUCCUCCGGCUCAGACACAGUACGGAUACGGAGGGUACAGUGGAAGUGGUGAAGCUGGUUACGGUAACCAAGCUGCUUAUGGUGCGGUUGGAGGGAGACCUAGUGUUGGGGGGUUGAACAAUCCUGGUGGUGGCUACAUGGGAGGUUAUGACCCGUCACAAGGGUAUGGUUUGGGUCGGCAAGGCCAAUAGUCACUAAGUGACUAUCACCACCCCUAAGUUUAUGGAUCCUUGUGGAGAAGAAGUUAUUUCAAAUCAAAGGCUCCUCAAUUCAUAGGGUUGGACUGUUUGAAUCUUUAUAAGCAUUGUGCUAUUUAUUACAAUAAGUCUGGCUUCUAUUUAUGUUAUUUUUUUUCUGUUGGAUGUACUUUUGAGUUUCAUAAGACUUAUAUAACUAAGGUUUUGCUGCUUUCAUUAUUA